AUGAUCGCUUUGCCUUGCUCUUCUUUCCAUCAACAGACAACAAAGUUCACAAGUGCUUUGGAUAUACCAGUGGAGUUUGUAGAAAAGAAUGUGAAAUUGCGGGGCAGGGUACAUCAUGUAACUGAGAAAGGCCUGGAAGUUGAACACAUUCCCAUCAGCAUUCCUUUCCUUACAUCCAUACAGAGAAGAUGGCAAUCAAAAGGUCUUCUGCUGGUAAGACUGGCUGGAGUGGAGCUGGCUCCAAGGGGCAUGGCCUGGUUACAGCAAGAGUUAAAACCCAACCAAGUGAUAUGGUUCCAGCUUCUGGGAAGGGAGGAUUUGGCACUUGAAUGCCUACUAUUUGUAAAUAAGGGGCGAUUUCUCAGCGUGUGCGUGAACGAAGAGCUCCUGAGACAAGGACUUGGCAGAGCAGCACGGAUCGAAGGACUCCACCACCAUUCCCACCUCUACUGGAAACUUCACAAAAAACUGCUUCAAGCAGAGCUGAAGGCCUUGAGGAAAAAUAAAGGAAUAUGGGAGGAAGCUAGUUACUCUGAAAGAAUCAGAGAUCGGAUAAGCAACAAUAAGUUUAUGCAGACAUUGAAACAAUUUGUGCUCUGGCUGAGAAGCUCUAUCUAA